AUGUCGUCUUCACCACCCUCGCAUCUGCCAAGCUCCAGUAGCAGCAAAGCACCGUUGUCAGGCCUCAAAGAACAAUGGUCUCAGCUCAACGAAUUACUUCUGCCAUCUUCUGAUGACAACCAGAUUGUCUCAACAUCAUCACCUCUUCUUCUCGAAGUCUCUGCAAUCCCCCGGUUGAAGCAGGUUGUGGAUCCUACCAUGCCUGUCAAGCCCACUUCAGCACUACCCCAACAAGCUCUCGAGAAUACCCCUUGCACUAGAAGCACUGACAGCAACACCAAGGCUGGCUAUCCACUCCCAGACCAAGGUGUCCAAACCUACUUUGCCAAUGCACAGCAUGAUUAUUCCAGCUCGUGCAACCUUCAAGUGGCCUGCUUCCUUCAUGCCUGGUUCACCACACUUGCCCAAGCAUUGAGACCUUGGAAGACCAAUGCCAAAAAGUAUCAACAUCUUUGUGAUCUCAAUCGAUUUGAACCAGUCACCUGUGAUGAUGAUCUGCCCAAGCCUCUUGACCGCUAUCCCCACAACAACCACUUCAAGGCCAUAUCCGAGCUUGCAGUGAGCAAUCUCCCAACUGUACUCAAGCUCGUAGAGGGGAAAGCUUCCAAAUCCUUCCAAACACCCAGUUACAAAACAAUCUUUGACGUGGCUCUCUGGAAGCCUCUUCUCGAUCUCAAAGAGCAGCUAACUGCCAUGUCACAUCAUCUGCACUUGGGUCAAGCUGGAGUGCCAGUGCCUCCAGUGCUGGCUAAAUACAAGACUUUGAGUUUCUGGUUGGUGCUCAUGAGCACCAGCAGCAGUGCCACUUAUCUUGUCGAACAUUGCAGCAACUUCUGGGACAAUGUCCUUUUCAAGCUUCAAGGCAAAGAGGAUUUCUCCACAGACAACAUGGCGCAGUGCUUUAGUGUCAUGGCCUCGUGGCUUGCCCUUGGCCUUGUCCCAGUGCAUGAAGGCAGUGGCACCCUCUUUGGCGAGCAAAAGCUCUUCAUAAACAAGACUGUGGACCAGCACAUGGGUAUGGUGAGCCGCAUAUCCAAUGAUGCCUCCAUGUAUGUCAAUUUUCCAUCAGAGCCCAUGCUGGCAAUCACUGCCUCACUUAUCAUGUUCCCUGUUGCCAUAGAAGAAUGUGACAAGCAGGUGGAAUUGGAGCAGAAGCCAGUCAACCCAUACAGCUCCAUCCUGGAAAACUUUCGAACCCGAUGCCUUAUGGACCUGGCAAUUGCUGGAUUCAAGGGGAUGCAUGGAGAGCUAGCCUCACACAUCACCUUGAUCGUCGCCUGGGAUGCAGCAAAGUGCAAAGAGCUGGAUGUGCUCGAGCAACAGACGAAGUCAGAUUAUGCCGAGGUGCUGACCUGUGUGGUGCCUCUCAAAACCAUCCUUGCAGGGCUUGCUGACCUCGAUGAGGCCAACGCUGACGAAUUGCACCAACGUGUUGAAAGAGUGCAGCAGGAUGGCUCGUCCACCUGUCCGGCACUGCAAUGA